UUCCGAUCUACUCACUGCAGCGAUCGGUUGUCUCUAGUCGCAUUCAAAAUGUGGAUCGUACUGUGCGCUUUUCUGGCCCUUCCACUGUUCUUGGUGACCUAUUUCGAACUUGGAAUACUGCGGCGAAAGCGAAUGCUGGAUAAGUUCCAGGGCCCAAGAAUGCUGCCUGUGGUGGGCAAUGCUCAUCAGAUGGGAAAGACUCCCACAGAGAUCUUAAACCGAUUUUUUGGCUGGUGGCAUGAGUACAACAAGGAUAACUUUCGUUAUUGGAUAGGCCACUACUCGAAUAUUAUGGUCUCUAGUCCCAAAUACAUGGAGUUUAUACUUAGCAGUCAUACCCUGAUAUCCAAGUCGGAUGUAUAUGAUCUCACUCAUCCCUGGUUGGGAUUGGGUCUGCUCACCAGUACUGGCAGCAAAUGGCACAAACACCGCAAGAUGAUAACCCCAGCAUUCCACUUCAACAUCCUGCAGGACUUCCACGAGGUCAUGAACGAGAAUUCCACCAAGUUCAUAGAUCAGCUAAGGAAAGUGGCAGACGGAGGCAACAUCUUCGACUUCCAGGAAGAGGCACAUUACUUGACUCUGGACGUUAUUUGCGAUACAGCCAUGGGUGUGUCCAUCAAUGCCAUGGAGAACCGAAGCUCAUCCGUUGUGCAGGCCUUUAAAGAUAUUACCUACACCAUCAAGAUGAGAGCCUUUAGUCCGUGGAAGCGCAAGGAAUACCUCUUUCGGUUUGCUCCUGAAUAUUCAGAAUAUUGUAGAACUCUGAAAACCCUCCAGGACUUUACCAAUGAGAUAAUAGCAAGGAGAAUCGAAGUCCGAAAAUCAGGGAUUGAUGUAGGCAUCAAGGCUGAUGAGUUCUCCCGCAAGAAAAUGGCCUUUUUGGACACUCUACUCUCAUCCACAGUGGAUGGCCGUCCUCUGAACUCCCAAGAGCUUUACGAAGAAGUUUCCACCUUUAUGUUUGAAGGACAUGACACAACUACCUCUGGCAUUGGCUUUGCAGUCUACUUACUUUCCCGUCAUCAAGAUGAACAGAAAAAAUUAUUUGACGAGCAGUGCGAAGUAAUGGGCGCUUCUGGACUUGGUCGGGAUGCCACAUUUCAGGAGAUAUCCACAAUGAAACAUUUGGAUUUGUUUAUAAAGGAGGCGCAACGGGUUUAUCCGAGUGUUCCUUUCAUUGGUCGCUUUACAGAGAAGGACUACGUGAUUGAUGGCGACAUUGUGCCGAAGGGCACUACCUUGAACCUGGGGCUUCUUAUGUUGGGAUACAAUGACCGUGUUUUCAAGGAUCCCCACAAAUUCCAACCUGACCGCUUCGACCGGGAGAAGCCCGGGCCCUUUGACUACGUGCCCUUCAGUGCUGGACCCCGAAAUUGUAUUGGACAGAAGUUUGCACUGCUCGAGAUCAAGACUGUGGUGUCCAAAAUCAUUCGAAAUUUCGAGGUGCUGCCAGCUCUGGAUGAACUUGGUUCCAAGGAUGGCUAUAUAAGUACCACAGUAGGUCUGCCGCCGCCGGAGAAGAAGAGGCGAGAUGCUCACAUCCAUAAGUAUGAUCCAAUUUUGUCGGCUUCCAUGACUCUGAAGUCCGAAAAUGGUCUGCACCUGCGCAUGAAGCAGAGGCUCGUAUGCGAUAGUACGUGAUUAAACUCUUGUAUACACAUAGGCUACACUUUGUCAACUUUGCCAACUUUGCCAACUUUUCCAACCUUGUUAAGUACAUGUAUAAUACACACUUUAUUUAA